UGGUACAGCGGCGGACAGAGGGAGAGAGACGGAUUUCUGCGAGCGGGUCUGGGCCGGGUCGAUCGCCUUCGGAGUGCGAGGCUGAGAUAAAAACAAAAAACAAAAAAACCCCGGGGAUACAGCUCAGGACGAGUGGGAAGGAGGCGCAGUGCGUGGCUCGGCGGCGUGGAGGCCCCUUUGCGUGACUGUCUCGUCGGCUGUCCCAGUCCACCGGGGCCGUGUUUUGCGUGAUCUACCGAGUCAGCCGCGCUCUGACGACAUGGCCCAGCGCUCCGGCAAACGCGCUUUCCUCGCCGGGAUGGCUCUGCUGGCUCUGCUGGGUUGCCUGCGCCCGGUGCACGCUGUGGUCCUGGAGGUGAAAGAAGGGAACGUGUCCUGUAUCAUAGCUGACCUCUCGGCUAACUUCUCCGUUCUGUACAGCCUUAGCAGUGGCACGGGCACAGCGCAGUUGGUCCUGCCCAGCUCGGCAGAAGUGGACAAGGGCAGCAGAUGUGGGAAUACUUCCCUGUCCCCCUUACUGGUAGCCAGCUUUGGAAAUGGGCACUCUCUCAGCCUGGGCUUUUUUAGGAAUGAGACCAAGUAUGGCGUGGGCACCCUGAACGUUACCUUCAACCUCAAUGACAACGUGACCUUUCCUGACGCAAAGAGCAAAGAUCCACUGAACGCGUCAAGCAGCUCCACUGGUAUCCUGGCUCAGCUGAACACGACCUACAGAUGUAUGAGCACGUCGCGGGUGGUCAUGGACGGUGUCAACGUGACAUUCACAAACAUGAGGGUGGAAGCUUACGUAAAAGCCAAUAACCUCAGCAAAGAAGAAACUGUUUGCGCAGCAGAUGCCAGCGCUACCACAACGUCAGCCCCUAAAACGACGCCCGUCACAACCACGCCCGUCACAACCACGCCAGUCCCAACCAUGGCCCCCGGCAACCCUUUACCAGGCAACUACAACGUGACCAAUCAGAACGGCACCUGCCUUCUGGCUGCAAUGGGCCUGCAGCUGAACUUCACCUACUUCUCUGCUGUGCGCAACAAGACUGUGCAGGACAUCGUGAACCUCCAGCCCAACGUCACCAAAAGCUCUGGCUCCUGCGAGGCCAGUUCUGCCACCCUGAUUCUGAUGUACGAGAGAACCAACCUGACCUUCACCUUCACACUGAAUUCUACAGUAAAGAAAUACCACCUCAGUGCCCUCGGUGUCGAUGCGUCCUUGCCGGACAUGACUGCCCCCUUCAGCGCGAGCAACGCCACCCUGGAUGUCCUAAGAGGCACCCUGGGGAAGUCCUACAUGUGCAACUCGAAGCAGACCUUGGUGGUUUCUGACCGGUUCUCCGUCAAUACCUUCCGGCUUCAGGUCCAGCCCUUCGGGGUCAGCAACAACCAGUUUGGGGCAGCGGAAGAGUGCCAGCUGGAUGAAGACAAUAUGCUCAUACCUAUAAUAGUGGGUGCUGCGCUGGCUGGACUUGUGCUGAUUGUCCUAAUUGCAUAUUUGAUUGGAAGGAAGAGGAGUCAUGCUGGGUAUCAAACCAUCUAAAUGCAUCGUAAAGUGAUGUCGAAGAUAAAGGACGGUCAACCACUCUUACUAACCAGACUCUCAGAAGAACGCAGUACAAGACCUUUUAAUUCUAUACAUACAUUGUAAGGGAGUUUUUUUUUUUUUUAGUUGACCUAGGUAUUGGCUUCUUGACACAUGUAUAUGAAAAUGCUAUAUUUAUUAAUGAGAUGGAGCAGCAGUUUUGAAUUGGCACUUUUUGACCUGAAUUUGUGAGCACUUCUGGUAUUGAGAGCACACCAGCAUUGCUUGAACAGUGCUAGUUCAGCGAUUUCUACAUCCUAGGCGCCCAUAUGCUUGAGUCUCGCUCUGUUGUUUAAUAUAUGGUAAUGCUACACGUGCUCUUGAAUCUGUAACAAUUCCAGAUUAUUUUGGUGAAACCAUAAGAACUGACUAAUCUCGAUUUGUACGUUGUCACUUAUUUUCCCACCUUAUGGGAGAGGAAUUUUGCAGUAUUUUAUUUAGAGAAAAUAAAACGCACUUAUCAUUAAUUUGUAAAUUUUGGAAUAAUUCUUAAUGUUGGAAGUGCUAGUUCCAGGAACAGGAUAAGGAAAAAUCUUCAUUGCACCACAGGAGCGAUCACUCGUGGGGAAAUUCUGCCUUUUCAUUGCACCCCGUUGCUGUGUUAACUAUUAAGGUUUAUUUUUCCUUCACCAGUUUGCAAUUCUGGUUGGUUUUUCCCCUUUAAGUUAUAGGGGCUUGGUUCCCCUUCUGGAUGUGGUGUACAGUAUAACUCCUCAGGCCUUCUUGCUCCAAUUGGGUUUGUUGCGGUUCCUUUGACUUUCCGUGCAGGCAUUGAUGGUAACGAUGCUAAUAAAAGGAUUUUGGUUUGCUUUUUGUUCAGCGAAUGUAUUUUUUUUUUGUAUUUCGGUUGACGUACAUAACGACUGACUGCUCUUUUUCCACACCAAGGGGCUAGUAGGCUCCUUAAAAGGGAAUUCUUGAAUGUCUAACCUGGCUUUGCCAGUAUUGGCGAUGCUGGCUGUUGUACUCCCCUCCACCCCACCCAUCGGUUUGUUGUUGGAGUUCAAGUUAAUGCCCGUUUGUCCUGCUCGUGUGAGAGAGCAGCGACCUGAUCCCGCCGGCCCGGCGAGAUCGGGCCAAACCCCACGGCACUGUGGCUUUAUCGGAUCCGAAACCCUCGAUGAAAGGGGCUGACUUUGAGAACACCAAAACAUCCGUUCAUGGCAGGACGGCGGCUGUAAUGAAGGCGUGUUCAACGCCAGGCACCUCUGGGUGGCUUGUAUCGGAGAUCUCCGUUUUAUUCGGCACCAUUUUAGAGAGGGGUGCUGUGUAAAGGACUGCGCGUCCCUGCCUUGGCCCUCCUCCCGCAGUUGUCCAGGCUCGGGUCUGGGUCGCAGCCCGUGAGCUGGUGCUGUUCAAGACCACGUUUCUCAAGCUGCCCUGCAGGUUCCAAAGCCACUCGGGUCAAAACGAUGAGCUUUGCGUUGCACAACGUGCGCUCUAGUUGUAAUACAGACAGUGUUUAACCCUUGCCCAAAUCAUGUCCCGGGAGAGUGCAUGUUGUAGAGGAAUGGACAGGUGGAUGGGGUGCUUACUAAAAGAUGUGAAAUACCAUUUUCACUAAUCCCUGGAAUAUAUUAAUUAUAUUCCAUUCUAGUGAAUUUUUUUUAUUUUUGUAGGGAAUGCUUCAAUCUUUUUUCUAUAUGCAUCUCAGUGAGGUAAAUAAAGAUGGAUGACAAAGA